AUGGAUUGGCUUAAAAAACAUGGCCGAUUUUUCAUGUGCUGGAUGAGCAUGAAAUCUUCAUAUAUUUUUUUUCCUUCUCUUUUCUCCUUUUUCUUUUCUCCUUUCUUUCUCUUUUCGUCUCCUUUCUCUCUCUUUCUCUUUUCGUCUCCUUUCUCUCUCUUUCUCUUUUUCUCUUCUUUCUCUCUCUCUCUCUCUUUUCGUCUUCUUUUUUCUCUCUCUUUUCUCUUUUUCUCUCUCUUUUCUCUCUCUUUCUCUUUUCGUCUCCUUUCUCUCUCUUUUCGUCUCCUUUCUCUCUCUUUUCGUCUCCUUUCUCUCUCUUUUCGUCUCCUUUCUCUCUCUUUUCGUCUCCUUUCUCUCUCUUUUCGUCUCCUUUCUCUCUCUCUUUUCGUCUCCUUUCUCUCUCUCUUUUCGUCUCCUUUCUCUCUCUCUUUUCGUCUCCUUUCUCUCUCUCUUUUCGUCUCCUUUCUCUCUCUCUCUCUCUUUUCGUCUCCUUUCUCUCUCUCUCUCUUUCUCUCCUUUCUUUCUCUCUCUUUUUUCUCUUUUUCUCUCUCUCUUUUCGUCUCCUUUCUCUCUCUCUUUUCGUCUCCUCUCUCUCUCUCGCUUUUCGUCUCCUUUCUCUCUCUCUCUCCUUUCUCUCUCUCGCUUUUCGUCUCCUUUCUCUCUCUCUCGCUUUUCGUCUCCUUUCUCUCUCUCUCUCUUUUCAAAGAAGACUUAGCUGGCACUGUGCUUAAGAAAGAGGAAUUGGCUACGACGGUGUCCAAGGAAGUGGAUGAUCUGCGCUCUUUACUGCGUCAGAAGGAGGAGGAGAUCUUUGAACAAAACCGUAAAUUCCAGCGUGACAUUGAAGAUUUGAAAUUCAGCAAGUCAAAUCUUGAAAGACAGAAAGAAACCCUGGAAGCUGAACUGAAUGCCAAGACCCAGGAAAUAGCUGCCCUGAAGACGUCCAUUGCUCAGCAGUCAUCGGCCCAGGCCACUCUACGGGCCGAGCUGGAUGUCAGCAAAGGUAACAUUCGUGUGUUCUGCCGUGUCCGUCCUCUUAUUGGUGAGGAAAUACAGUCUCAUAAUGGCAUUAUUUCCCACAUUAAUUUUCCUGAUCUGGAUGCUAGAAUCCUGGAGCUGGAUCACCCGGUGAACAACGGUCUCAAUGAGAGUCUGUCGACCUCAAACGUUGGUAAGAACAAAAAGAAACAUGAAUUUACUUUUGACAAAGUCUUCAGUCCUGAUUCUACGCAGAAAGAUGUGUUUGAUGAGAUCUCUCAGCUCGUUCAGAUCCAUAAUCUCCUCGCAAAAGCAUCACAUCGUAGAGCUGUUGGUGAGACGAAACUUAAUGUGCACUCAUCUCGAAGCCACAGUGUGUUUACAUUGAUUUUGAAAGGCAAUAAUGAACAGACUGGUGAGAGUUGCCAUGGUUCACUGAACUUGGUGGAUUUGGCUGGCAGUGAACGCCUGAAGGAUUCCGGCAGCGGCGGAAAACGCCUCAAAGAGACUCAAGCAAUCAACAAAUCUCUUUCGAACCUUGGAGCAGUUUUCACAUCAUUGGCUAACAAGCUACUUUUCUCUGUGACUUUCUUUUCUCUGUGA